AUGGGAAACUCUCUAAAUCCUUUCAAAGAACAACCUCUUCCAUUGGCUUACGAUUCUCUCACCACCCCUCUACUAAUUUCCGAGGAGGCAGAAAACGACAAUGUGAGAGUCUUCAGCGUCACGGAAUUGAAGAAAGCUACGAAAAGAUUCAAAGUAGACAGGCAAGUACUGGGCAUGGACGGCUGUGUUCGAAAAUUCUACAAGGGAAAAGGCUACAUCGAUGGCUCGAGAACUACAAGCGUGGAAGAAGAAAAGGCAUUGCCGUGGGAAACACGGAUUAAGAUAGCCAUUGGAACAGCUCAAGGUCUUAUAUUUUUCCACUCGAUCAAGAACAGCCCGCUAAAUCGAGAACUCAGAAUGCAUAACAUUAUGCUUGACGAGCAAUACAAUGCAAAGUUGUUUUACCUUGAAUCAGAGCAACAAUAUGUGGUAAACAGAACGAUAUAUGGGGAAGAAUGGAUAUACAUGGCUCCUGAAUUCCUAAUCUCAGGUUAUUUGGGAACGGACACCGAUGUUUACACAUUUGGUGUGAUCUUGCUUGAGCUUUUAGCUGGUUCGGAAGAUAGAGCAAGAAAAUUAUUCAAGAUAAGCCCAGAUGGUUGGAUUAGACCUUUCUUUAUUGGUGAAAUAAUCGAUCCCCGACUUGGGAACGACUAUCCUGUGAAGGCGGCGAUAGAGUUGGGCACACUCAUCCAAAGUUGCACCAUGAUGGACAAGAAGAAACGACCGGUGAUGCAACACGUUUUGGAUGUUCUCAAUAUUAUUGCAGAGAUUGAAUUCUACCCCUCUUCUUUUGCAUACCAUGACAUUGAGGAUAACCUUGAUGGAGAUUAUGAAGAAGCUACUCAGGCUGAGGUUGAUGCAGCAUUUGCUGCUCUCUAUACUGAUAUAAGGGCUAGCUUAUUUUGA